GCCGGAGUUCACAUUGUGCCGGCUCCUCCAACGCACUCUGCUGCACUCCGUGGCGAUUUGCAUAUCGCUAAGACCUUUUUUUUUGCCCUCCCACAACCAGCAACCACCAACACACAUACACACACACACACACACCCCCAACCCUACAGACUUCCGUCUAUUUGCAUAUUCUUAUAAUCUCUUCUCAAAGAAAGAUCAUGGCAGUUUAGGACAGUCUGCGGGAAACCGAUGAUCCACGCUCUCUUCUUAAAUAAUACUUUUUUGUGUUUCGCAAGGCAGAGGAUCCGAUUGGUCUGUUUGUCUCUCUCUCUGUCUGUAUAUAUUCUCUUACACACACACACACACAUAUACACACACACACAAAAAGCCCCUUUGAUUUAUUUGGAACAUGGUGUCCAAAUUGACAUCUCUCCAGCAGGAGCUGCUCAGCGCUUUACUAAGCUCCGGACUUUCCAAAGAUGUCCUGAUCCAGGCUCUCGAAGACCUGGAGCCCUCUCGUAGCUUCGAGGUGAAGCUGGAGAAUCUGCCCGUGUCCCCGCUCAAGAUGAACGGCUCGGCGGCGGCGGCGGCGGAGAGCAAAGCCGUUUUCCACAGCCUGACCAACGGCCACAGCAAAGGCAAACUGUCCGGGGACGAGGCCUCUGAAGACGGUGACGAUUACGACACCCCCCCGAUCCUCAAGGAGCUGGAGUCCCUGAACACCGAGGAAGGAGCCGAGCAGAGGGCUGAGGUCGACAGGAUGCUCAGGGAGGACCCAUGGCGAGCAGCGAAGAUGAUCAAAGGUUACAUGCAGCAGCACAAUAUUCCACAAAGGGAAGUGGUGGAUGUGACAGGUCUCAAUCAAUCUCACCUCUCACAGCAUCUCAACAAAGGCACCCCAAUGAAAAAUCAGAAGCGGGCUGCUCUCUACACCUGGUAUGUUAGGAAGCAACAAGAGAUUCAGAGACAAUUCAACCAGACUAUCCAGAAUACUGGAAACAAUAUGACAGACAAAAGCAGGCCAGAUCAGCUGCUGUUUCUCUUUCCAGAGUUCAAUCAGCAAGACCAGGGGCAGGGCUCGGAGGUGGGCACUGAGCCUGCUAACAAGAAGAUGCGUCGCAACAGGUUUAAAUGGGGACCAGCGUCUCAGCAAAUAUUGUACCAGGCUUAUGAGAGGCAGAAGAACCCCAGCAAGGAGGAACGGGAGGCACUGGUGGAGGAGUGCAACAGGGCUGAAUGCAUACAACGUGGUGUCUCCCCUUCUAAAGCUCAUGGCCUGGGAUCAAAUCUGGUUACAGAAGUCAGAGUGUAUAACUGGUUUGCCAAUCGAAGGAAGGAGGAAGCUUUCCGCCAGAAACUUGCCAUGGAUGCAUACAAUGUUCAGUCUCACAGCAUCAACCCAUUGCUGUCUCACAGCUCCCCGCACCACCCACAGCCGAACUCAUCCCCCUCGAGUAAGCACGGCGUGCGAUAUGGCCAGCAAGGGACCAGUGAAGUCUCCUCUUCCACAGCAAUCAGCCACCAUGGUAACAGCGCCAUGGUAACAAGCCAAACAGUUUUACAGCAAGUCUCGCCAGCAAACCUGGACCCAAGCCACAGUCUGCUGUCACCUGAUGGCAAGAUGAUCACCGCUACGGGUGGACCUCUGCCUCCAGUCAGCACGUUGACAAAUAUCCACAGCUUGUCACAACCUCCACAUCACAAUCACCAACAAACACAGAAUCUCAUCAUCAACCCCCUCUCUGGAGUUAUGGCGAUAGCACAAAGUAUAAGCACAUCCCAGGGGCAGAGCGUUCCUGUUAUAAACAGCGUGACAGCAGGUAGCUUGGCAGCUCUACAACCUGUGCAGUUUUCACAGCAACUUCACAGUCCGCAUCAGCAGCCAAUCAUGCAGCAGUCUCAGAGUCACAUGUCGCAGCAACCGUUCAUGGCCACAGUGACCCAGCUGCAGAACUCUCACAUGUACACACACAAGCCAGAUCCUCCCCAGUAUUCCCACACUACACGUUUUCCAUCAGCCAUGGUCGUCGCGGACACGGGCAGCAUCAGUGCACUAGCGAGCAUGUCCUCCAGCAAGCAGUGUCCUCUUCAAGCCUGGUGAUGCUCCACUCAUCUCCUCUCUUCUAAUCCUGGGAUAACAGCAUUAAGAAGAAAAACAAAAUGGCUGCCAAAAACCACCUUUCUGGUAUCAAGGGAGACCGGGGAGGGGGGAGGUUUCCAUGGAAAACCUCGCUGAGCCAGCCAGUACAUGGAACAAUUUUACGGAGCUGUCCAAGACUGGCCUCCUCUGUAGCUAAAUUCUUUAGCAGACUGACAGAGAACACAUUGCAAAAGAGAAAAUCUGACCCAAACCGUACCUUGAAAUUCCUGCUGGAACAGUACUUUCCCAUUCACCACAUGUGUCUUGUCUCAGAUUGUGCUCUGGCUUGCACAGACCUCACACAAGAACAAAAAUCAGGAAAGAAUUUUAAAGAAUUGGGGUUUGUCUUAGGAACUCACCUGCGCGGCAAAUUCUUUUUGUUUCUAGAAAAUUUACAGUCAUAACAAAACACCUUUUUAUCUGUUACUGGAAGUUUGAAGCAAGAACACUUGUACAGUUUAAUCAAAUUCGAACUGUGAAUAUUAAAUGAAGGCAGAUUAUAAUUAAAUUCUAAAGAAGGGACAGCCUAGAAAAUGAACAUAAAAAACCUUGAUUGACCUGAUUAAGUGCACUUCCUGGGAUGGGCAACAUCUCCAAGGGAUGCAUUGGCUGCAAGUAAAAGUGCCAAAUGGACCUAGGCGCUGAACAAAUGCAAGGAAGGAAACAGGGUUUCCCCAGCUGGUUUCCAGGGAUUUUGAAUGAUUUUGAAAUGAAUAACCCCCUUUGAAGCUGGGAUGAAACCUGAUUGGUAUUCCUAGGAGCACAGCACUGCCUCAUAAUGAUGGCAGUGAUUUGACAGAAGGAGAAACAGAUUGAAUUCAAUCAACGUUGAACUUCUUAGUUUGAAGGGUGGCACACCUUUGUGGAAAAGGUAAUGACACGGGGAUUUGCAAUGAAAGCAAUUAUUGUGGAGGUUUGAUCAUCAUCCCAAGGCUUUGUCGGUCGAUCAUUCCAGAUUACAUUCACCAUUUUGGGGCUACUGUUCAAUAUUGAUAUUUCCGGAAGGAAUGGGUGGAAUUUGUUCAGGUGUAUGGAUUAAUUAACUAGAAACCAGCCUGUUCGAUAUGUGGUAUCCAGUACUUUCUGCAAUGGUUUCAUAUUCACUGAUGACUGGUAGAUUUGGUGAUGAAUGCAGUCAAAUAUUUGUCCGUUUCCUAAGUACUUUAAAAUCCAAUAAUGCUGUCAACCAUUUCAUUCCCAUGAUGACAUUAGGUUCUACUUGCAAUACAGUGAACAGGUUUUAGACUUGAAUUCCCUCUUUAUCAGUCAUAACGUUGACCAACGCACAGUUGAAUCCAGAAAUAACUCAGCUUGUAGACUAUUUUGCUUGUUUACUCUCCAUGAAGUAUAUUUUACCAUGAACUUUGCCCCAGUAAAGUGGGGAAAGACCAACAAUCAGAAAUGCAUUCAGAUUUAUUCCACUCUUUCUGAAUUUUCUUAGCACAGAUCGGAUCAUUUUCAGAAAGCCAUUUCAGGUGAAUGCAGCAUAGAAUAUUUGAAUGUGGCUGUUGCCAUUCAGUUGUAACAGAAAUGCAAGUGUUGGAAUGUGAAAUUGGUCUGAAUUUGGAUUUCGAUUCAAGUUAACGUUUUUGAUUCUGAUUUUCCAUGGUCAUAUUUAGCACCCUGUUGAAAGCUGUACAAAACAAUUAUUCACAAUCAUGAAUGUCCUCACGCAUCCAAACAAUAACAGUAGAAUUCAAUCCUUCCCUAAAAACAAAUCUACAAAUUUUUGUCUAGUGAGAGUCUUGUGGCGCAGUCGGUAGUACCACUGUCUCUAGUUCAAGCCUCACUCCUGACCAUGGAAGAAAAGUUCACGAUCUAGUUCGAACAAAUCGAGAAUCAGCCAGCUAACCCUUUCAAACCUUCGCCUCUGUCCCACCAAAAGGGAAAAGAAGUGUGCAUAGAGAUACAAAACACACAAACCAUCUCUCCAGCUUGCAGGGACCCCUAGGAUGCUUAAAAUGUUCUACCAGUUUUUCUUUUCAGCUCCCCAGAUAAUGUGACUGCAAGGAGUGAGAUCCCUUGCUGUUGACUGGAAAAGCUAAUGUUACCCAUUAUACCAAAGGACAGGAGCAUUUCCAAUUGUCUGGAACACAUGUGCGUCACAGCAGAAGGUCACAUUCCACCUUUACCUUGCAGCUGAACAGGAUUACACUGAAAUAACGUACAGGCUUCAUCAUCAAGUUGGGGAAGAAAGAUGUUAUAAAUGAUUGUUUUCAAAAGGUGUUAGAGAUCUCAAGUAGAAGACCUUCCUGAUCAGAAGGUCUUGAUUUCAAAGCUUUCAAAAAAACAGUCACUCUGAUACUCUGCCUCAUUUAGGCAGGAAUAGCCAAUGGCCAGAAAGGUUGCAAAUUGUUGUGCUACGAUGCUAAAUCUUAAAAAGAACAAAAUACAAACAUGUUCUGACUUGCCUGCUUCAUUGUGUCCCUCAAAUUGGCCAGUUAAAGCCAGUCAUUAAAGGCUGUCCAUUGGCUAACAGAUAAUUAAAAGCAUUCCUCAUGCCCACUGACCAUGGCAGGAUCUACAGUGACAAAUCAUCGACAUGACGGGGAGAAAUCACUGAAGACGUUUGAGGACAAUAAACUGUGACUUGAAUGAUCCAGCUUCCACAGUUCCAUCUGAGAACCAUUCCCAUUUGUCUCCGCUUCUACUUCUGAAAGCAUCAAAAUGAUACCAUUUUCACAUUUUGCCACUUGGUUUAAAAAGAAAUUAACAUUAAUAGAACAAAAACAGAAAUAGCUAGGAAAGCUCAGCAGGUCUGGCAGCAUCUGUGUAGAGAAAUCAGAAUUAAU